AAGGGCUUCACCCCUUUCCACCGCCCUUCCCCUGCGUGCACCCCUGCUCUCUGAGCCCCAGGCACCGAGCAGGAGCUCCCAGGAUUUGCCAAGAAGACUUUCAUCUCCUACUCCGUCACCUUUGGGGACAGCUUCCGACAAGGCGAGGUUGUUGGCAUAGACCCCGAGAGGCAACAAGUCUUGCUCAGUGAUGGUGAGGAGCUUCGCUACUCCCAUCUCAUUCUUGCAACAGGCAGCGAUGGGCCGUUCCCUGGGAAGUGCAACAAAGCCGUUGACAUGGAAAGUGCCAUCCAGAGCUACGAAGACAUGGUUAAGGAGGUACAGACCAGGACCAGGAGCAUGUGCUAGCUUGUUUAGCAUUCUGCGUGCCCCAGGGGAAGAUCAUCUGUCCGCAUGGGGAGGGAGAAAACCUGAAAUGCUCAACAGUGUUACAAGUGUACACAGGAAGAGCGCACGGGGUUCUUGGUUUUGGUUUCCUCUUAAUGAAAUUGAGAAAUCUGAGCGCAUCCUGGUAGUGGGAGGUGGUGCCGCUGGAGUUGAGAUGGCUGCAGAGAUCAAAACAGAAUACCCAGCCAAAGAGGUCACCCUCAUUCACUCAAAAAUUGCACUAGCGGAUCCCGAGCUGCUAGAUAGCGUCCGUCAGGAGGUGAAAGAGAUUCUCCUCAGAAAAGGAGUGCGCCUCCUCUUAAGUGAAAGGGUCAGCAAUAUAGAAAACCUCCCACCAAACCGGUUCCAGAAGGACAUGGUAGUAAGGACAGCAAAGGGCACUGAGGUGGUCGUCGACAUGGUGGUCCUGUGCACGGGGAUAAAGAUUAACUCUUCAGCAUACGCUGCUGCAUUUGGGGACAAAAUGGCAAGUAACCGUGCUCUGAAAGUUAACAAGCACCUCCAGCUGGAAGGCUAUGAGAACAUCUAUGCUGUUGGGGACUGUGCAGAUCUGAAGGAACCAAAGAUGGCCUACCACGCUGGGCUCCAUGCCAACAUCGUGGUGACAAAUAUCAUCAACAGCCUGACACAUAAGCCUCUUAAAACCUACGAACCAGGGUCACUAACAUUCCUGCUUUCAAUGGGCAGGAAUGAUGGCGUAGGCCAGGUGAACGGUUACUACGUGGGACGUCUCUUGGUGACCAUUGCUAAGAGCCGGGACCUCUUUGUCUCCAAGAGCUGGAAGACAAUGGGACAGAAAAUGCCCUCCUAAGAGGGGAUGGGUAACAAACCAGCAAGGAAUACAGCAACUGGGAGAGGGUGAGGGUGCACUUGUAUUGCUUGGACAGACUGAUACCGUCUCCUGCAGCACCGCCUAAAGCCGCCUGCCAGUGUGCCACACUAAAGGGGGGCCCUGCCUUGCUGUAAAGGGGAAGGAGGUACUUUCCAAAUGAAGUGCACAGAAGUUCUCGUGAUAAAAAAGCAGGGAAGGAAUCUUCUGUUUACUUCCCUGUUGAGAUAGCUCUGAGCAAGAAACUUGGUUUACCUUGAUUUGUAACAAUAAACACCGUGGUUUUCAAAA